UAUGAACAGACUUCUCGCGCCCCCAGCCUUCAUACGCCUCGCAAAUAUUGAUCCCUAGCAUGCUCACAACGCAAUGACCCUCGCCCUCCCUUAAUACCCCGCAAAACCUCUUUACGCGUCUUCCCGGCGCGACUUUCUCGACAUCACGCACGCUGAGCGUGCUCAUAGACCGCGACGAUGUACCUCCCACGAAACCUCAUAGCGCACCUCUACGGAAACCUCAUAAAACGGACCCACGCCGCCGCCCCGCCUGUCCUCCUACUCGUUGCCCUCGAACCAGACGCGCUCUGCGCGUGUCGAAUCCUCACCGCGCUACUAAAGCGCGACUACAUACCGCAUAAGAUCCAACCCAUUUCUGGCUAUGGUGAUCUUUCCCGCGCGGUAGAUGAGCUGGUACGGCCCAUGCGGACCACCGAGGGCGGAAGUGGGGGUGUUGUCGUGUGUCUGGGUGUUGGAGGCAUGAUUGACAUGGAAGAGAUGCUGGGCAUGGACAUGGACGAGAACGGCCAGGGAGGGACUGGAAAUGUUGAGGUCUGGGUACUCGAUGCACGGCGGCCGUGGAACCUGGCGAACGUAUUUGGGACACCGAUUGGUGAGGACUCGACCACUGGCGAGCUGAUGCGGCGGCAACCUGGUGUGGAGAAGGGCAGGAUAGUGCAGUCGUACCAAGGCCUAAGAGGAGGUGUGAUAGUCUUCGAUGACGGGGAUAUCGAGGAGGAGCUCCAGGAAGAAAGAAGAGCAUACUGUGGUCUCGAGGAGAUGCCAGAGGUGGGGGAAGACACAGGCUCCGAUGACGAGGCGGACGAUCAUGAUGACAGCGCUCCUGAGCCUGGCCAGGCACCGAAGAAGAGAAAGUCCUGGAGCGACAGAGACGAUUCGGAUGACGAAAUGUCCGAGGACGACCGGCCACGGCAGAGAUUACGAAGCAAUUCAGGAGGCUCAAUACUGUCGUCUCCAGACCGAAGACCCAUGCGGCGAGGUCUAAUGAUCGAGACCCAGCUCGGCGGGUCUUCUGACUUCUCACGAUCAGACUCACGAAGCCGCUCAGCAUCCCCGUCGAUAGUACCGCCGAAGGAAAAAUCGGUCAAGAGCUUACGGAAACAGCUCAUGGUCAUGCGAAACAGAUACACCAGCGUGCUCGACAAGUACUACCAACUCGGCGCCUCGUAUGCAGAACCUGUAUCUUCUCUCGUCUACGCCCUGGCAUCAGAACUCGGCCGCGAGGACAACGACCUCCUGUGGAACGCAAUCGUAGGAGUCAGCAGUCUGGAAUUGUAUGGACGGACGGGCAAUGGUGUCGGGCUGAACCCCCUCUCGGCAGCUGGUGGAUCUGCAGGCUGGAAUGGCAACCGAGGCGAACAGAUCCGCUCAGUCUUCAGAGACGAAGUGCGGCGACUGAACCCCGUCACAGAUCCACAAGGAGUUGCUCGCGAUGCAAGUCUGGGCGACUCAACUGGCGUCAUUCCCACAAGUGCACGCUCGGCGACAGACAAGUCGAUACGACUGUCGCCAGAACCUCGCUUCCUCCUACUACGGCACUGGUCCCUGUACGAAAGCAUGCAGCACUCGCCCUACCUCUCCGCAAAACUGCACAUGUGGAGCGAACAAGGGCAAAAGCGUCUGAAUAAGCUACUGGCAAAAAUGGGCGUCUCACUCACCGAGUGCAAGCAAAACUACACGCACAUGGACAUGGAGCUCAAGCGCGGACUCCGAGAACGACUCCUCAAGUUUGCUCCCCAAUACGGUCUGGACGGCCUCGUCCCCCCGCCACCACGCAGCGGGGACAUGAAAGACGGCUGGGGCUUCGUCCGCUGCUGGGGCUGGAAAGCAUGUCUCUCCGCCGUCGACGCAGCCGUCAUCCUCGGCGCAAUCCUCGAAGUCGGCGACGCAAAAUCCCUCUCGCAGUCCUCCUUCGAACCCACAAACUUCGUCGGCACAAACGACCAAGGCGAUACAACCGCCGCCGCCACCCAGGAAGAACAGGAUGUGGCGCAGGAACACGUCGUGGCGCGUUUCUGGACUGCUUACGACGCCCUGGGCCAGAUCGAUAAGCUCGUCCAGCAUAUCUCGACAGCGCAGCAUCUACACCGCGCCAUCCUCCGGACGGGAACGGCGUUGAUAGAGAAGAAGCAGAUCCGCCACCUCCGCGCAUUCCGCAUGGCCGUCGUGAAAGAAGGUCCAGAUGUGCAACUCUUCACGCACCCCGGCGCGCUGACUAAACUCGCGCUCUGGAUCGCAGAGGCUAUCGUAGAGCUCAACGGCACGAAGGGCAGGAACCGCGGCUCUGAACUCGUCAUGGCGGGGUUGGAUGAUAGUCGCGGGUUGUAUGUUGUUGUUGGCCUCGGUGGGGGUGGUGCGACGGAGAGCGCGAAGGAACGAUUGCAGAAAAGAGAGAAAAAGGCCAAGGAGAAGGAGGAGAAGAAGGCCAAGAAAGAGGCGGAGCUGAGGAAGAAGAAGGAAGCUAAGCGGCAGCGGUUGGAGGCGGCUGGUCUUGAUGAAGAUGAGAUUGAAGACGACACCGAGGAAGAAGACGACGAAUCCGAAGAAAGUGAGAGCGAGGACGAAGAUGAGCAGAAAGGCGGCAAAGGGAGGAACAGAUUCGGAAACGCGUUCCAAGAGGUCGUCCGUGAGACAGGAGCACGUGUACGCAUGGACAGCUUUGAAGCGUGUGUCAUUGAGAUCAGGAAAGAGGAUCUUAGUGGGUUCUUGGAGAGGUUGAGUAUGAAGGCUGUUGUUGGAUGACCAUCCAGCGGCUUAUGAGGAGGCUUGAUGGGAGCAUGUUUGUCGGAUUGGUUAGGAAGGCAAGGCACGGUAUGGCAUGGCAUAACAUAACAUGGCGAGGCAUGAUUUGGAUUGGAGUACCCCACCCCCACGGCGUUUCGCUGUUUGGCACAUGUAGCAGCGAUGAUAUUUGCGUUUGUCUGAGCAUAGCGCUUCAUAGCACUGCGAAUUUAUUCUCAUCUCAAG